AUGGGAAUUCUGAUUAAACUGGCUAUAUUGCCAGUUCUACUGGGUUUCGUAAUAGCCGAUCUCCCGCUAGAUUUCGACGAGCCAUUUUCACGAUUAGAAACCAAAGAUGAUUCUGAGACCAUUUACCGUCUACCAGAGGACCUCGAUCCCAUCCAUUACGAUAUCGAAAUAACACCGUAUUUUGAAGCCACUGCAAAUAGGGAAGCGUUCACUUUUGACGGUGAGGUUACGUUAUAUGUAAGGACCACAAAGAGCGGUAUCAACUCAUUGAUAGUCCAGGAGAAUGUUCGCGAAAUUUUAUCUGUCACUCUUACCAACGCAUGGGGAAUGCCAAUGGCAAUUAAUGCAACCAAUCCCUUUGAACGUCUUCGUCAGUAUCAUUUCUUAAAAGUCAACUUACAAGACGGUGUGACUUUGGAGUACAAUCGUGUUUACAAAUUGAUAAUUACGUACUUGGGGAAUAUCAAUGAAACACCGCUGUCCAGAGGAGUGUUUAGAGGAAGUUACAAAGGGAGCGAUGGAAGGCUGCAUUGGUAUGCUGCAACUCAUCUACAGCCAACCAAUUCUAGACAAGCAUUUCCCAGUUUUGACGAGCCUGGAUUCAAGUCUAGUUUCAAAAUUAUCAUUAAUCGGCCGGCGAAUUUUACGGAAACUUUCUCAAACAUGAGGAUUGAAACAUCGACGCAGAUAGGUGAUCGGGUGAAGGAAACCUUUCAGACAACUCCGAGAAUGUCGGCGUAUCUGGUGACAUUCCAUAUAAGCGAAGAGUUUAGAGUUAUAGCAGAUAAUAAUGAUGUAGAAAGGUCUUAUCGCAUUCUCGCGCGUCCUAACGCUCAGGACCAAGGAGCGUAUGCUUUAGAAGUUGGCCCUCCACUAACUCGAUGGCUUGAAGAUUAUUUGGGCAUAGACUACUACACGAUGGCACCAUACAUGAAGAAUGAUCAAAUCGCUUCUCCAGAUUGGGCAUCAGGCGCUACUGAGAAUUGGGGUCUAGUAACCUAUAGGGAGGUCCGCCUUUUGUAUGAAGAAGGCGAGACCAAUGCCUUAGACAAAAAAUAUAUUGGUACAAUCACAGCCCACGAAUUGGCACAUAAGUGGUUCGGGAACCUCGUGACUUGUAGAUGGUGGGAUAACGUUUGGAUAAACGAAGGAUUUGCUAGCUAUUUCGAGUAUUUCGCUAUGGAUGCGGUGGAUCCUUCAAUGGAGUUAGAAGAUCAGUUCAACGUAUUUUAUUUGCAAAGUGCACUUUCGGUGGACGCUUCUGCGUCGACGCGAGCUCUCCAGCACACGGUGAAUUCACCGGCUCAAGUUACGGGACACUUCACUGGUAUUAGCUACUCGAAAGGGGCAUCUCUGCUUUUGAUGCUUAAACACUUCCUUACAGAAAACACUUUCAGGAAGGCUUUGAACUACUUUUUGGUUGACAGGGCCUACGAACACGCCUUCCCUUCAGAUCUCUAUAGAAGUUUCGCAAGAGCCGUCGCCGAAGAUUCCGUCUUAGACAGUAGCGUAAAUAUUACUGAAUUUAUGCGCUAUUGGGUUGAGGAACGUGGAUACCCAGUACUCAACGUGGAACUUAACAGGGAAACCGGGCUGAUUAACCUAUCUCAGGAACGUUUCUUCAUCAGUGCUACUACUGAGCCCACCGACCAAGCUUGGCCAUUGCCUCUCACCUACGUAACAUCCAAUAACCCUAACUGGAACAACCUUCGAUCUUCACAUGUCAUGACCGGAAAGUCCUAUCAGAUUCAGGAAAGGUCUGGUCUCGAAUGGGUUAUUUUCAACGUUAAACAGAAAGGUAUUUAUCGUGUCAACUACGAUGUGAACACUUGGAAUAGGCUUGCUAGUGUCCUGAAGGAAAAUUAUGCAAGCAUACAUCACUUAAAUAGAGCUCAGAUUGUUGAUGACGUUUUCGCACUCAUGCGGUCGGAGAGAAUCACUUUUAACCUUGGUUUUCAAGUCCUCGAGUUCUUAAAAGAAGACACAAACUUCUUUGUGUGGUAUCCGGCUAUAAGUGGAUUUACCUGGUUAAGAAAUCGAUUCUUGCAUUUACCUGACACAUUGGCAGAGUUCGACGCAAUCCUUUUGGACUACUUAGACGCAGUGAUCAAUAACCUCGGCUAUAACGUGAGAGCCAACGAGCCCCUUACAACAACUUUAAAUAGAUUCUUCAUAUUAACUUUCGCUUGCAAUAUUGGCCAUGAGGGGUGCGUCCACGAUGCUGUUGAAAAGUUCGCCGCAUUGAGAGUAAAUGGAUUCAGCGUCAAUCCUAAUCUACGUAGACACGUGUUCUGUGAGGGUCUUAGAAACGGUGGCUACGAAGAAUGGCGGUUCCUUUAUCAGCGACGAAUAAACUCCAACAAUCAGGGUGAUCAAGUUGCCAUGCUAAGAUCUUUGGGUUGCACAACCAACGAUAGGGCCAUCCAAGAAUUCUUGGAGAUGGUCCUUAGUGACGACGUAAAAGCUCAAGACAGAGUUAAUGCUUUGACUUUCCUCUACAUGGGUCAUCGGGACAGCGCGAAAGUUGCUUUACAGUUUAUAAAGGAGCGAGUGCAUGAAAUAAGAAAUGCAGUCGUUUUAACAACAUGGUUCCAGAACGUCCUGAGCAAUUUGGCCAGUUACUUAGAUGAGGAAGGACUUCGAGAUAUGGAAGCGUGGCUGCGGGCGAACCAGUCGGCCAUACCUGAGUUCCAGAGUGGGUUGACUGCCAUCGCUUCCGCCCGCGCAAGCAUGCAAUGGGGCACAGAAAGGGCGAACAUGAUAUUGAGGGCUGCUCGUGGCUCCGCGUUUGUUGCGCUGCCAACUCUGAUGAUCAAACACGUAAGCGAUGAUUCGUUACGUGUUAUUAGCCGCGACGAUAGGGCUUUCACAUUCGACGGCGAAGUGAAUAUAAAAUUCAGUACCUCUGCUAAUAUAUCCCAGAUCAAAAUACAUUCGGAGGGCCUGAAAUUCACCUCAAGUAACAUAACUUUGACCACGGAUAACGUGAUAAUCAACCUCGACCCAGCGGAUGCUCUCAGUUUCGACGAAAAGUACACAUUCGCUAUUAUAAACCUACUAGACGAAUUGAAGACUGGUACUGAAUAUAAUUUGAAUAUUGUGUACGAGGGCCCUAUAAGGACCGACUUGAAUGGAUUCUACAGGAAUUAUUAUUACGAAAACGGAGUUAAAAAAUGGUUGGGAGCGACCCAGAUGGAGCCAACGCACGCGAGGAAAGUAUUUCCGUGUUUCGACGAACCUGCUUUGAAAGCCAUUUUCACGUUGACCAUUGACAGGCCAGCUAAUUAUCAGCCCACUUUGACGAAUACUGAGUUAAAAGAGAUGUUUGAAAGGCCCAAUGGCAUAAUACGAGAAGUAUUUUACCCGACUCCAAGGAUGUCAACAUACCUCGUGGCCUUUUUGGUUUCGGAGUUCGAGGCUGGGAACAUCACUAAAGGGCCGCAAGAGUUUGGGGUCUUCACUAGACCGGAGGCGAAGAACCAAAGCGCAUACGCGUUCGACUUUGGCCGUAGAGUCGUGACCGCCUUAGGAGCCUACUUUGGAAUAGACUACUACUCCACUAACAACAACCUUAGGCUAGACCAUAUCGCAUUACCUGAUUUUAGAGCCGGUGCCAUGGAGAACUGGGGCUUAAUUAAAUACAGGGAGGCGCUACUGCUCUACGUACCCGAAGAUUCCACGCCGUAUUAUAAGUACAGGGUAGCCCAAAUAGUUGCACAUGAAACAACACAUAUGUGGUUUGGAAACUUGGUGACAUGCCACUGGUGGAGCAAUACUUGGCUGAAUGAAGGAUUUGCAAAUUACUUCCAAGAUUAUAUUACGGCCCUGAUCGAGCCUGAUGUAGGAUCAGCUGAUAUGCUAGUGAUAGGAUCAGUGUACUCGGCUUACGAAGCGGAUCAAACGCCGGACUCUGCUCCCAUCACCAACAAUAACGUGAACUCUCCAGCUGAGAUCAGCGGUCACUUCGGUACUGUUACGUAUCAAAAAGCGGGCUCGGUCAUAAGAAUGGUACACCAUUUGUUGGGCGACAACGCUUUCAAGUAUGGCCUGAGCUCUUAUUUGCGAGCCAACGAAUUCAGCGUGGGCUACCCUGAAAAAAUGUACACUAGUCUUCACGAAGGAGUUCUCACCUUCAACGCAUUAUCUGCUUAUCCGGAAACCGACAUUACUACUGUUAUGAGCUCUUGGAUUACCCAAGCAGGUCAUCCGAUAUUGUCAGUACACAUAAAUUAUGAUGAAAAUAAAAUCACCCUUACUCAAAAAAGGUUUUACGUCAACUCUACGAGUGAGUCGGAUGAGUUGUAUAAGAUACCGAUAACCCUAACAACUGGGCUGUCACCAAAUUUCGAAAAUACCAAGCCAUCGUUUAUAAUGCACAACAAAACCGAGACAUUCGAUGUGCAGAUAAGGAGCACUGUACGUCACUGGGUCAUUUUCAAUGUACAGGAGACGGGUUUAUACAGAGUGAACUAUGAUGUUGAAUCAUGGAAGUUAAUCGCCGCUGCUCUUAAGGGUGCUGAUCGUGAAAAAAUCCAUCAUUAUAAUAGAGCAAAAAUUGUGAACGAUUUAUUUGCGUUCCUAUACGCGGACGAAGUAAAUUUCGGACUUUUACACGAUGUUUUGGAGUUUUUAAAAGAAGAAACUGAUUACUCGGUUUGGUAUGCCGCUAUCCACGGCCUUAACAAACUCAGGACUUCAUAUUUUGGAUCUGAUGCUUUAGAAUGGAUCGAGGACUACGCACUUCAACUUGUGGAUAGUAUAAUAAACAAACUUGGGUAUGAAGUAAGAGCGUCCGACGAUUUCGUUACGUUAAGAAAUCGAAUGCAAGUGCUUGAGUUCGCGUGUAAACUGAGGCAUCAAGGUUGCGUAGACUAUACCGUCAAUCUGUUCAAGAAACUAGAAGAUAACGGUACCGAGAUAUCGCCGAGCCUCAGACCUGUAGCUUACUGUAGCGGUCUGCGCUACGGUAAUGGCGACGACUACGAUUUCUUGUGGCUUCGAAUGUCCACAACGAAUGUGGCAAGUGAGGCCCGGAUCAUAGCAGACGCUCUGGGCUGCACAAGCGAUAAGAGUAGGCUGAACAGUUAUCUAGUUUCGAUGCAGAUCACAGACAGCCCAAUACGAACGCAGGAUCUGACGGUGCCCUUGUCGAGCGUACUAUCUAACCACAGCAACGUGCACAUUGCUCUUGAAGCGUUACAGCAAAAUUUUACACUUUGGAAUGAAAUAUACACCACCAUGGAUACAGUGCUGGCAACUAUAGCAACCACAUUGCACUCUGGCGACGACUUCAAAAAGUUCGAAGAUUGGCUAAGUUCGUGCCAGCAGUGCACAGAGCAGGCCUUAAACUCAGCGAAGGGUGCCCUGGCGAAAGCGCGCGCUUCAGCUCAAUGGGCAGAAGACCAUAAGGAAGAUGUCCUGAAAGGGCUAAGAAGCUUCGGAACCUCUGCGUCAGCAUCCUUCGUUGUUAUCGCCAUUGGAUUGCUGAUAACUCUUUGCAUGAAU